UUCCCAGCAUCUCCCGCAGCGAGAUGAGAUCUGCGUCAAUCGAAGAGUGGGACAUAAAAUAGGCCCGAUGACGUUUACCUUGAUUCAGGUGCAAAUGAUCGAGACCCCCGCUUUCCAAGAGCAACCAAAAGCCAGUUUACGUUGAAUCUGCGUGGAGUGCACACCUUGGGAUUUCCGCCGCGAAACAAAUCGAUUUUCACACUGCCCUCAUGACAAUAAGCAGAGGGAUUUCCUAAUAAAUUUGAUCUCAAGGUUGAACAUAAUGAAUAUUUUCCUAGUAGUAUGGCUACCAUCACUACAUUACCUAACGAUAAAAGCACAGGGAGAUAUUCCGGAUUCCAAUUUAGUCAAGGAUAAAAUAGCUUCUAAGGUCAUAACUGAAGAUGGAUUGACCUUUGGAGGCGAUUUUGUAGAUGUAAACAACAAUUUCCAGUCGACGGGUGGUCAGCCACAAACAAUUCCAGGGAUUUCAGAUCCGGUAAACUCGUUGACUGAUGUUCAACAACGCAACUACCAGAAUACCGGCAGUAUUAAUUUGGACAAUGGUCAGUACGUGGAACCAUAUACUAUCGACUUCAAAUACCACAAAUUCGAAAAAAUGACAAAAUUUUUAAGACAAACCACGUCCAGGUACCCGUCUCUGACAGCGCUUUAUUCGAUUGGAAAAUCUGUUCAAGGUAGAGAUCUGUGGGUAAUGGUAGUCUCCUCAUCUCCUUACGAGCAUAUGAUCGGUAAACCAGACGUUAAAUAUAUCGCAAAUAUGCAUGGAAACGAAGCAGUUAGCAGAGAGCUCAUGCUACAUCUGAUUCAUUAUCUAGUAACAAAUUAUGCAACCGAUCCAUUCGUAAGAUGGCUUCUAGAUAACACCAGAAUCCAUAUCAUGCCCUCGAUGAAUCCUGAUGGGUUUGAAGUCUCUAAGGAAGGAACGUGUGAAGGAGGUCAAGGAAGGUAUAACGCAAGAGGAUUCGAUUUGAACAGGAAUUUUCCCGAUUAUUUCAAACAGAAUAACAAAAGAACGCAACCCGAGACAGAAGCAGUGAAGGAAUGGGUAUCCAAAAUUCAAUUCGUUCUCUCGGGAAGUUUACAUGGUGGAGCUCUGGUAGCAAGCUAUCCGUUCGACAAUACACCAAACUCUCUAUUUCAGAGUUAUUCUUCUCCUUCAUUGACUCCUGACGAUGAUGUAUUCAAACAUUUGGCCCUAACAUAUUCCACGAAUCACGCUAAGAUGAGCAGAGGUGUAUCUUGUAAAUCAUCACAGACAUCGUUCAGAAGGGGAAUUACCAAUGGUGCCGAGUGGUAUCCACUCACUGGAGGCAUGCAAGAUUUCAAUUACGUCUGGUACGGCUGUAUGGAAGUGACUCUGGAAGUUUCUUGUUGCAAAUAUCCCCCUGCACACGAGCUACCGAAAUACUGGGAAGAUAAUAAAUUGUCGCUGCUGAAAUACUUGGCGGAAGCACACAGAGGAGUUCAAGGAUUUGUUAUUGAUGAAAAUGGUAAUCCAGUUGAAAAAGCUUCUUUGAAAGUAAAAUCUCGAGACGUUGGUUUCCAGACAACAAAAUAUGGAGAAUUUUGGAGAAUUCUUAUGCCAGGAGUUUAUAAAAUGGAGGUUUAUGCUGACGGUUAUGUGCCGAGAGAAAUUGAAUUCGUGGUAGUGGAACAACAUCCAACUUUACUGAAUGUGACUUUACAUGGAGCCAAGCCAUGGCAAUACUUCCCACCACCUGUGACCUCUCCACCAAAAACUAUUUUAUCUAUCGAUAAUGCUAAUAUACCAGCAUUUGAAGAUGCUCCUCUAACUUUUCCCAAAGAAUAAUACAUAUUGGCUUGUGGUGGAAAUAGAAAGGACGGCCAUUUUUACCGACCACCACCUCAGAUCUUCCAUCGUCCAGUUAUACAGCAGCAAGCUCAAGAAAGUGGUAUAUUUUCGUCAAUUACCAGUGGUUUUUCAAAUUUGGUCAAUUAUUUCGGGUAAGAUAUAGACAUGUACUGGCAAGUUAGAGUUGAAUUUUGUUUGAAUUUAUUAUUUCGUGAAAUCAAGAAAUUAUAAAAAGGAGUAGUUUCUAAGGAAAGACUAUGCAACCGUACUUUCUUGAAUUGUACAAAAAUUACAUUCAUUCACAGUGACAUUCAUGUAUUUUUAUUUAUCUUGAGUUGGAAGAGGUUGCACAUUUAGGAAAAUGUAGUACUUACUACAACACCAUAAUACACGUAAAUGCCUGGGGAUUUUCCAGUUCUCAUUUAACCUCGAAAGGUUUUAUUAUUAUUAAGGCUGCAUGUCGGAGUACCUUUGGAAUUAUUUAUUUAUGAUAGAAUUGCAUUGUUUUUUGAGCACUCUUUAUUUAUUGUUAAUAUUUUGUACAAGAUUACAAAGCGAAAAUAUUACAUUCUGUUAUAUUAUAUUCAUCAGUAAAAAGACAAACUAUAUACAACUCACUUCGAGAUUCAAAUUUUUCAAUUUCUUGUUUUAUCAAUAAGUUCUGAUUUUUGUGACGAUUAGAACUACUACAACGGUGAAUAUUUUUUGAUCUCUUUAAAACAAAAAGUUCAAUAUAGUUUGGAACAGAGAUGUAUUGUUGAAUUAUGACUUCUGUUUAACAAUGUAAUAAUGUUUUAUUUGAAAGAAUGUUAUAUUAAAAAUUAUAUAUAGAAAUUGAAACCACGUGAGAUUUAAUUUUCUUGCAGUAGUAUUAUAUAAUAUCGAAGCAAUGUGAAACCAAUUGCACAGACUGUUAUUAGUGUUUAAGCUCUUUAUUGCAAUAAAGUACCUAUUUAAUUGAAA